AUGGCAUCCUCAUCUAAUUCACAAAACACCCACCACUCUCAGCAGCAGCCCUUUGUGCAGCCAGGGGAACCGCUGAACGAGUUCUUGCGCUCGUUUUGGCAGCGGCAGAUCACGACGGCGGAGGAGGAGACGCCUGAUUAUCGGCACCCUCCGCUCCCGCUUGCACGGAUUAAGAAGGUUAUGAAGAGUGAUCCAGAUGUGAAGGCAUGCGAAAUAUUCAUAGCCGAAAUCACUGCACGCGCAUUCAUCGUCGCAGAUUCUAACAAGCGACGGACGCUCUCGCGCGCCGACAUCGCCAAGGCGCUCUCGAAAUCGGACCAGUUUGACUUUUUGAUCGACAUCGUGCCCAGGGAAGAGGCCAACUUUCCUGUGCCGCUCAAUGGCAGCGGGACAGGCGCGUCGGGGGGUGCGGCUGGAGCUGGAGCUGGAGCGGCUGGGGGAGCUGCAGGUACGGGGGCGGGGAAGAAGGGGCAGGGACAGGGACAGGGGAAACAGGACCAGGCCCAGAACGGCGACGACGCCCAUACCCACGCUCACGCGCAAGCGGAUGUGGACGACAGCGGUACUGGGACCGGCGGAGGAGGGAGUGGUAGGCCUGGAUCGAGCAAAGAGGUUCUAGACCAGCUGGAAUCGUUGCUGGGGAGUAAUGGCGCUGGUAGUGGGUCGCGGGGAUCGCUGUCGUGA